CAAGAUGGCGGCGCCCAUGUGAGGGGAAUGCGCGGGGCGGCACGCGCGGCCGCCGCACUCAGGACCCUCUGCAGAGCCCCCCCGGUGCCCCCCGCCAUGGACGGAGCUUCCCCCAACGGCGUGGCGACCCCCGAGGGGCCGGGGGUGACCCCCGAGGGCUCGGCCGGAGCCCCCCGGAGCGAGGGGAGCCCCCCCGGUACCGGCGAGACGCUGAUCACCGAGGGCCGCGCCACCAUCGUGUUCCCCAGCGCCAACGAGGUUUUCUACAACCCCGUGCAGGGCUUCAACCGCGACCUGACCUGCGCCGUCCUGACGGAAUUCGCUCGGCUCUGGCUGCGCCCCAAAGGAAUUCGGGUCGUUCUUCCAGGCGAGGAGGAGCCGGGGGGGAGCCCCCAGAGCCCCUCCGAGGCCGGGGACCCCCCCGGAGCCCCCGAGACCCCGCGGACGGCGCGGCCGGGAGAGCCCUGCGAGGGUGGUCUCCGUGUGCUGGAGGCGCUGGCAGCCUCGGGGCUCCGCUCCGUGCGCUUUGCACGUGAGGUUCCGGGGCUCGGGGCCAUCGUGGCCAGCGACUGCUCCCCCCGGGCCACCGAGCUGAUGGAGCGGAACGUGGCCAGGAACGGCGUGGGGGGGCUGGUGACGCCCCGGCUGGCCGAUGCCAGGAUGUUGAUGUACGAGAGCAAAGCCCAGCGUGAGCCCUUCGACGUCAUCGACCUGGACCCCUACGGGAGCCCCGCGCCCUUCCUGGACGCGGCCGUGCAGGCUGUCAGCGAGGGGGGCCUGCUGUGCGUGACCUGCACGGACAUGGCGGUGAUGGCCGGCAACAGCGCCGAGACCUGCUACAGCAAAUACGGCGCCGUGUCCCUCAAGGGCAAGUUCUGCCACGAGAUGGCGCUGAGGAUCAUCCUGCACAGCCUGGACCUGCGUGCCAACUGCUACCAGCGCUUCGUGGUGCCGCUGCUGUCGGUCAGCGCCGAUUUCUACGUGCGCGUCUUCGUCAGGGUCUUCACGGGCCAGGCCAAGGUCAAAGCCUCGGCCAGUAAGCAGGCGCUGGUGUUUCACUGCGUGGGGUGCGGCUCGCACCACCUGCAGCGCCUGGGCAGGGCCACCAGCCACGGCACCAGUUUCAAGUACAGCCCAGCCACAGGGCCACCCGUGGGUCCCACCUGCGAGUUCUGCCAGCAGCGGCACCAGGUGGGGGGCCCGGUGUGGGCUGAGCCCCUGCACGACCCCAGCUUUGUGGAGCGGGUGCUGGCGGCGCUGGAGAGGAGCCCCGGGCGCUUCCAGACGGAGCCGCGCAUGCGGGGCGUGCUGAGCGUCAUCGCCGAGGAGCUGAGCGAUGUCCCCCUGUACUACACGCUGGACGGGCUGAGCAGCACCAUCCGCAGCAACACGCCGGCGCUGCUGCAGCUCAGGUCAGCCCUGCUGCACGCGGGGUUCCGCGUCUCGCUGUCCCACGCCUGCCGCAACGCCGUCAAGACGGACGCGCCGCCGGCCGUGCUCUGGGACAUCAUGCGCUGCUGGGCCAAGCUGCACCCGGUGAAGCUGGAGCGGCUCCCGGACUCCAGCCCGGCCGCCCGGAUCCUCUCGGUGGAGCCCACGAUCCAGGCUUCCUUUGCCCUCCACGAGGACGCCAACCCCAGCUCCCGCAGGCGCGGCCUGAAGCGAUUCCCCGAGAACCCCGAAGCCUUUUGGGGUCCCAAGGCCAGGGCCAAGCCCGGGGGGGGCAUCGCCCCCUCCCUGCAGGAGAAGAGGGAGAGGCUCCAGAACAAGAGGAGGCAGCACCAGGACGGGGCCGGGCUGAAACAAUUCCCCUGCAAACGCUUCAAGGAGGGCACCUGUACCCAGGGCGAGCAGUGCUGUUACUCGCACGAGCCCCCUCCCCAUUAAAACAAAUUUUACCCAAA